UUUUUUAUCUAUGGUCGGCCAUUUUGAAUUUUGAUAAUCUGAUUGACCGUCGAAACAAUCUUGAUGUUUUUCAAUAUACCUGUAAUUUUAUUACUAAAUUACCGUUUCUAUUAAACGAAUUAGUAGCGCCACAUUCGUCACCAUCAUCUCUCCGUGCGCUGCUUGUUUCUAGGGGGGUCAAAUAGUGUUCUAACGAUCAGCUGUCACGUAUUACUGACGUGUAGAACACAAACAAAUCUAAUAUUUUGGGUUUGCUAUGCUGUUUUCACGAUGAACGGUACGUUUAACGAGCAGCUCGGUGGCGUAGCCGGAUUGUUCGAUCAAUGGGGUGCUUGCGAGCAGACCGUGUUGGCCUGCACGCUAGCACGGCGAGUACCGUGGCCAGGCCUGAAGCUGGUGCAGCGGGCAGUGGAGGCGGCGCUGCGCAGCCACGUCGAGGACGAGAGGCUAGAGCGUGAUGCCAACGACGAGGUGCAUCUAGCUAAUCUUCUCACAGUCAACGGCGACGACGAUGACGGUUGUGAGCGUCUCCACCGCCUGCUUGCCUUACUGCCACUGCUAAGGAUGGACAAUGAACGUUGUAAAGACCUGUAUGUCACAGCAACACCAGCUCUGGUACAGCGUUGUAUGGAUGCUCCGCGCCGUAGCCCUGUUGUGCCUGAUCAAUGCCGACAGCUGCUGUCAUACUUACUAGUUCAUCCUGCACUUACACAUCAUGAUGAAGGAAUAUUAAAACAAUGGUUAAGAUACUUAGAAAACCACAUUGCUGGAAACAGACCAGAAUGUGUUUGGCAACAGAGAAUAGAACCCUGCCUAAUACCAGACUCUAACAUUUGGAGUACAACAAACAGUUCUUUUAGACGAACCAUUGGUAAAAAUGUGGAAUUUAGAGGCAUCAUAGGAUUAGAUGGUGCAGAACACUUUAACACAGACCUAUUGCAAGAGUCAUUCUCUAAAAACGGCCGCGAUGUAGAUAUAAGUAUAGAAGGAGAAAAAUUAAAUUUUGAUGCUACAAUAUCCCAACCAAAGUCGCAAAGAUCGAACAGCUUGACCCCUCCAUCGAGUAAUUUUACGCACAUGUCUUCUUCUGCUGAGAAUUUAAGCGACGCACCUUUUGUUCAGAAACCCAGAAGCUUUUCUCUGUCCAGUGAGCACAGUUUGAGUCAGAUAAGGCCUAUUAGUAUAAUGUAUGGGACAACAGGCAGUGAGACAAGACUGGACGACCUGAGAUCACACAAUUUCGGCGAACAUCCAGGGAUGUCUAAUGUCGCGCAGUGGCUGAAAAGCCUGCGGCUACAUAAAUAUGUGUGGUUGUUUACUAAUAUGAGUUAUGAACAGAUGAUGGCUAUGGAUGAAAAGUAUUUGGAGAAGUUAGGAGUGACGAAGGGCGCGCGGCACAAGCUGUUGCUGUCCAUCAAGAAGUUGUCUGAGCGCGGCGCGGUGCUGGCGGCCGUGGAAGCCGAGCUGCGAGGCGGAGCCCCCGCGGGGCGCGCGCUGGAGCGCCUGCGCGCCGUCCUGCUGAGCCCCAUGCCGCCCGCCUGCGACCUGCCCGCCGCCAUCGUUCGUGCGCUUCACCUAGCUUCAAAAUGUCUGAACAAGGCGACGUGUCAACCCGCCGUGCGUGUGCCGUCGCAGCUCACAUCGGAGGACGGCGACCACGAGCCCCCCGUGGACCCGAUGUCGUUACACUGUUGGCUUGUUGAGAAGGCAUUACAUCACGAAGCAUUUAGUCGGCCAGAGCUGCAGGAAGCACUGAAAGGCUUGCGGCACCGCCUGCCACCGCGUCAAUUCUUCCACCACGUGUCUGAUAUGCCUCUUAACCGAAGAUGUCCCAAGCCUAGAUGGCGCAUCGGGCCGCACACUGGUCACCCGAAGGCAGCGCGGCCGCGCGCCUGGGCUGGCGCAGGAUGCGGGGGCGCGGGCGGCGGCGGGGGCGCGGGGAGCGCGGGGCGCGGCGCGGCUGCGGCGCCUGCGGCGGCGGACCACUACUCGAGCCUGGACGCUCUGUGCCUUCAGAUGACGGAGCAGGCCAUCAACUGACGGCCCCCACCAGCCCCCGUGGGCCCCCGCCAGCCCCCGCCCGCUGCUGUCUGUGCGCGCGGUUUCUUAUGAAAUCCUUAGUUUAGCUGGACCGGGCUCGCGGUGGCCCGAGCCCGUAUGACGCAAGUAGCUAGAGAAAUUGCGGUUUUCGGUGUCGAUUCGACUGUCUCGCUCUCGACGAGGUGAUGCCGUGCCGUGGAAGUAUACAAAUUAUUGCUAGGUAGGACAGGAUUAUAGCUUUUUAUAUCAGACACCUGCAUUUGGUCAUAGUUUCACCCCCCGAAUACUUAGCUUAGUAAGUAUUCUCUAUCGAUAAUGCUAGUGUAAUCGGUUACAUCGACUCGAUUGUAUACAACUAAUGGUAUCCUAAAUUUCUCUGGUGCUAAUUUUUGCGAAGUUUUAUUUGUAGUUAGCUGUAUAGUAUGUAUAGUGCAGCGGACGAGUGUCGCCGCGGAUAGUUACGUUGUCGCGUAACGUACGUGCGUACUGGCCGCGUGUUGCUUGUAGCGCGACACGGACUUACGAGAAUUAGUUAUUUAAUGUUGUUGACUGAUGUUUGCAUAAUUUAUGAAGUUCGCAAACUGUUAUUAUUUAUACUUUAUUAUUUAAAGCAAUGGAUAUUUAUAUUCAGUGAUUAUAUUUUGACUGGAUCAAAAAUCUGAUUGUAAUGUGUGCAAUUUAUAUAUUUUUUAUUUACGCAAUAGUUUUUCUAUAUUUGAAAACUUAUAGAAUUCAUGUAAAUAAUUGACUAGUUCACAUUGUAUUUAUAAGGGUUAUUGUUUUGUACAAAACAUGUGUUGAUGACAUAUUAUAUAAUAGAAUAAUAUUAUAAUGAAAUGAUUUUGACUAUAAUUAUGAAGAGAAAUGUAUUGGGUUAUGAGUAGUUUUGUUUUAGGCAUACCUCCAUGCUGUCUACAGAUAUUUAUAUUUAGCCAAUUGUACAGAAGUUUACAGAGUAUAUUUAUUCUUUCUACCUACAUACCUCAAUUCUUGUUCUGUUAAAUAUUUUCAUUCACAUCUGUGUUCAAGAGCUUUAGUUACUAAUAAUCUGUAGCGGACUGUGAUACGGUUUGAUUUGGAUCAUGGAUCAUGAUAUUCAUCAGCACUAAAAAUAAAUAUUGUAUAACAUUUGUUUUGUUUCACUGUUCCAUCCUGCCAUCUGAUGUGGCUUUACAGCCUUUAAUAUCUUACACGGGAUAAUGUCAGUACUUUAAUAUAAGAACAAAUUUUGCUUGG